GGCGAGGGUCGAGGGUUUAGAACAGUACUGCACUGUCACCCUGCUCGUAAACGAAGUGAGGUCGCCGAUGCUGAGACAAGCCCUGAAGUUGCGCAGUCCGUGUCGCCAUCUAUUGGCGAUGCAUAGAAACUGCAGUGUGGACAACAGCUACCCGGACUUGGCUGAGGUGAAACAGCAGCUGUCGCAAUACGGUGGCGGCUCGGUUGACCUCAGCCUGGACGAUGUCACUGGGAUGGCUUCACUCCGUCUCAACAACCCAGACAGGAAAAAUGCGCUCAGCGGGCGGAUGAUGGCCCAGCUGGAGGAGGCGGUGGCGGCGCUGGAGCGGUGGCCGGCCGGUCGCGGCCUGCUGCUGCACGCCGCCGGCGACGCCUUCUGCUCGGGUGGCGACCUGAGUACCGUGCGCGCCAUCUCGCGGCCGGUCGACGGCAUGCGCAUGUCGGCGUUCAUGCAGGACGCGCUGGCGCGGCUGGCCGCCCUGCCGCUGGUCAGCGUGGUUGUGCUGGCCGGUCGCGCGCUGGGCGGCGGCGCCGAGCUCGCGCUGGCCGCCGACUUCCGGCUGUGGACGGCCGGCGCGCGCCUCCAGUUCGUGCAGGCGCGCAUGGGCCUACUGACCGGCUGGGGCGGCGGCGCGCGGCUGGCGGCAAUGCUCGGACCGCGCGUCGCGCUCGACCUGCUCACCUCGUGCCGCCCCGUGGCCGCUGACGAGGCGCUCCGGCUCGGCCUGGCCGACGCGCUGGUGGCGCCGCCCGACGGCGACCCGCUGCAGUUCGCUCGUGAUUGGCUGGCGCCGCGCGUCGCGCAUGACGUGGCCGUGGUGCGCUCGGUGAAGCGUAUGAUCGUGAACUCGCGCGGCGACAUGAGCGAACUCUGGCGGAAGGAGCGCGAACUGUUCGCGCCGUUGUGGGGCGGGGAGGCCAACAAGAAGGCGCUGGACAAAAACAUCAAACAUUAGCGGUAAGGUGUUGUGUUGUUGUGUUGCCUGUGCAAUAAGGGAAGGAUGGUGGUGGAAUGAUCCCGUGUGCUUUUGCUGCGUUUGUGUGCUUAACUUCAGUGGAUUUAGCGCGUGGUUUCUUCUGUUAUUCCCAUGUACUGGUAGUCCUCUUUCAAUGUCACUGGAAAGAAACCGCUCACAUUGCGAAAGAAUGGCGCUUUGGCUGAGAGAAUGCAAUUACAUUGUCAGCGAUUAUCUGUACGGGGCGCACGCUUCGAGGCAUGUCGAAAACUCGCUGGAAACGUACAUAUACGCUUCCACCGUGGUGUUUGUUUUUUAUGAGAUUAGAUAUGGCUCUUGUAUAAUAAACAGGAAACUCUGUCGUUUA